GAAUAUAAGAGAAGUGGACUACAACAACAUGCCAUCAACAAGGACCUUUGCGUCUCACUUGCAUUUGUCCUCAAUCCCUCAAGGACUGAGAGAAAAGUGAAAGGUCAGAGAGAGAGAUCACAUGCAAUGAAGGCAAAAUAAUAACUAACUGCCAGUGAAACCCAUGGUCUGACACAGUGUAGUGUAUAUGCUAUUUCUGUAGUGUAAAAUGUAUGAAACUGUACACAGAUUAUGUUUGAAAAACAUCUAUAGAGAGACAAAGUUUUUUUGUAAACCUGGAUGCUAACAAUGAGACUUCACAAUAUAUAAUUGUAUUUACAUCAAUCUCCUGUAUUUGUGAGUGAAAAUCUACUGUAUUUGUAUUGUUGCAUUACAUUUUUAGUCAUUUAGCAGACACUCUUAUCCAGAGUGACUUACAGGAGAAAUUAGGGUUAAGUGCCUUGCGCAAGGGCACAUCGACAGAUUUUUCACUUAGUCGGCUCUGGGAUUAGAACCAGCGACCUUUCGGUUACUGGCACAAUGCUCUUUACCACUAAGCUAACUGCCGCCCCAUUAAAUGGCUAUUGAUAAGGCUAUAUUUUAACUGUGUAAAUUGUUUAAGGUGGUCUACAUAGACAGGAACCCAGAAGAUGUUGCAGUGUCUUUAUUUAAUCUCCACAAUUUCAUGAAAGCCCUUGAGACAAACCUGACUUUGAUACAUUUCUAAUUCAAUUUCUUCGGGGGAAGGGUAAGCAUAACUCAGAAAUUCUCCGUUAAUCCUGGCCACUGUUCUUGCUAUUUGGGGUCUAGGUCAAGUAACUGUAAAUCACUUUGUGACAACUGCUGAUGUAAAAGGGCUUCAUCAAAUACAGUGAGGGAAAAAAGUAUUUGAUCCCCUGCUGAUUUUGUAAAUUUGCCCACUGACAAAGACAUGAUCAGUCUAUAAUUUUAAUGGUAGGUUUAUUUUAACAGUGACAGACAGAAUAACAACAAAAAAAUCCAGAAAAAUGCAUGUGAAAAAUGUUAUAAAUUGAUUUGCAUUUUAAUGAGGGAAAUAAGUAUUUGACCCCCUCUCAAUCAGAAAGAUUUCUGGCUCCCAGGUGUCUUUUAUACAGGUAACGAGCUGAGAUUAGGAGCACACUCUUAAAGGGAGUGCUCCUAAUAUCAGCUUGUUACCUAUAUAAAAGACACCUGUCCACAGAAGCAAUCAAUCAAUCAGAUUCCAAACUCUCCACCAUGGCCAAGACCAAAGAGCUCUCCAAGGAUGUCAGGGACAAGAUUGUAGACCUACACAAGGCUGGAAUGGGCUACAAGACCAUCGCCAAGCAGCUUGGUGAGAAGAUGACAACAGUUGGUGCGAUUAUUCGCAAAUGGAAGAAACACAAAAUAACUGUCAAUCUCCCUCGGCCUGGGGCUCCAUGCAAGAUCUCACCUCGUGGAGUUGCAAUGAUCAUGAGAACGGUGAGGAAUCAGCCCAGAACUACACGGGAGGAUCUUGUCAAUGAUCUCAAGGCAGCUGGGACCAUAGUCACCAUGAAAACAAUUGGUAACACACUACGCCGUGAAGGACUGAAAUCCUGCAGCGCCCGCAAGGUCCCCCUGCUCAAGAAAGCACAUAUACAGGGCCGUCUGAAGUUUGCCAAUGAACAUCUGAAUGAUUCAGAGGAGAACUGGGUGAAAGUGUUGUGGUCAGAUGAGACCAAAAUCGAGCUCUUUGGCAUCAACUCAACUCGCCGUGUUUGGAGGAGGAGGAAUGCUGCCUAUGACCCCAAGAACACCAUCCCCACUGUCAAACAUGGAGGUGGAAACAUUAUGCUUUGGGGGUGUUUUUCUGCUAAGGGGACAGGACAACUUCACCGCAUCAACGGGACGAUGGACGGGGCUAUGUACCGUCAAAUCUUGGGUGAGAACCUCCUUCCCUCAGCCAUGGCAUUGAAAAUGGGUCGUGGAUGGGUAUUCCAGCAUGACAAUGAACCAAAACACACGGCCAAGGCAACAAAGGAGUGGCUCAAGAAGAAGCACAUUAAGGUCCUGGAGUGGCCUAGCCAGUCUCCAGACCUUAAUCUCAUAGAAAAUCUGUGGAGGGAGCUGAAGGUUUGAGUUGCCAAACGUCAGCCUCGAAACCUUAAUGACUUGGAGAAGAUCUGCAAAGAGGAGUGGAACAAAAUCCCUCCUGAGAUGUGUGCAAACCUGGUGGCCAACUACAAGAAACGUCUGACCUCUGUGAUUGCCAACAAGGGUUUUGCCACCAAGUACUAAGUCAUGUUUUGCAGAGGGGUCAAAUACUUAUUUCCCUCAUUAAAAUGCAAAUCAAUUUAUAACAUUUUUCACAUGCAUUUUUCUGGAUUUUUUUGUUGUUAUUCUGUCUGUCACUGUUAAAAUAAACCUACCAUUAAAAUUAUAGACUGAUCAUGUCUUUGUCAGUGGGCAAACAUACAAAAUCAGCAGGGGAUCAAAUACUUUUUUCCCUCACUGUACAUGUAAUAGAUUUAAUUGAUUGAUCAAACACAUAUAUAGCCUCUUCAACACACAUGAUAAGUGUGUCAAUGUGAAAUACCCUAAAUAUAUUUAUUUCUUAGUUCCCUUGGUUUGACCAUGUUAAUGAUUGGUAUGCUCACAAAGACGAAUUUGAUACCCUUUCCCUGACAUAUGAGGAUAUGAUCAAGGUAAAUUCAUUUCCAUAAUGAUAAGAUCACAAAACAGUGGAUUGAAUAUUGUUAAGAGUAAUCAAACAAUAACAUAACAACAAUUUGCUUUCAGGACACACGAGUUGCACUUGUCAAGAUAUCAAACUUCUUGGGUAAAAACCUGGAGGAGAAAACCAUUGACACAAUAGUAGACAAAUCCUCCUUCAAGAACAUGAAGGAAGACCCACAGGCUAGAAGUGAUAUACAGCAUCCUGCAUUUUUCAAACAAAGUGGAUCCUUGAUUCGAAAAGGUAUGGUAUAUUCAUAUUAAUAAUCAUCAUGCUUGUGUUAAUCAUUAAGUUAAUUUCAAGUAAUGGUUAAAAAUUCACAAAAGAAAAGAUACAAAUACUACUGGAUAGUUAGUUGAAAUGUUGUUGACAGUUAGUUGACUACUGAAUGUACAAAUAAUAUAUUUGCGCAUACUAUUUCAUCCUGAGGACAAAAACCAAAACAACGUGCAGAGUGGGCCAGAUCGAAAAAAUAACGGGCCAGAUCGAAAAAAUAACGGGUCAGACAGGCAGACAGCAAGGUUUAUACAAACAAGCCAUCAUUGUUGGAAAUCAAAUGCUAGGGUAAAAGCAAGAGCAAAUAAUGUGCUAAUAAAUGUCUUAUUGCUUAUAACAUUAUUAACGUGUGAGAGACAGAAUGUUGGUCGCAUGUUGUUUGUCCAUUAGCUCAGGGUUUUGGAAUACAAGCUUGAAUCCUUAGCCCAGGGCUAAAGCUUAGUCCAGGCUUAGUAAAUGCUUGUGUGAAUGCAGGCUAAGCUAUCCCAGGGCCAGUCUAGCCUGGGGAUAAUUUAGCCCGGGGUUAAGAACAAUGCAGUGUGAAAAGGCCUAUAAAGUGAUACCAUACUGUCUGUUAUGUCUCUAAUCAGGGAAGUUUGGGGACUGGAAGACUAUGUUCACAGUGGCCCAGAGUGAGAUGUUUGACAAGAUCUACAUGGAGAAGAUGAAAGACCUGCCCCUUGAAUUUGACUGGGAGCUG